AUGUCGUCAUCAUGCUCCCGAUUGAACAUGCUCUCUGGCUGGCUGGUGGCACCUGUCGAAGCCUACCAGUUUGCCACUCCGAUCGGUUGGCAGCUGUUUGCAAUCAAGAAGAAAUGGCAGUCGGUAAGCGGCUUUCCACCUGCUUUGGUGGAAGUAGCUGGCCAUCAACGCAAGAGGUACCGAACAGUCAGCAUCCUCCAGCCAGACCCGGCACCGCCCACAGCAGCUACAACCACCUUGCAGGCUGCGCAGACAAGCAGGUCCGGUGAACUCACUGCAGGUGCCCUUGUCCGGAUCCUGCCAGAUGAGUGCAGCGACUUCAUCCCCUGGAGUGAUAUGGAUGCGAACGACUGCCGGAAGUAUGCUGAGCCUGGGUGGUUGCUAUCAUGCCACGACCUGCGGAGUGUGGAAGAGCGCAUGGGGGACUUGGAUGAGCGGCUUGACGCGAACCUGAAGUUGUCUCCGCGAGACGCAUGCUGCGCCUGUGGCGGUUCCAACGCAACCGGACGCGCGCGGGCCAUCAGCAGACUCGCAAGCGCGGUGUACGACACCCUGGAAUCCAUUGACAACAGCCAAGAAGUGGAGUCCCAAAUCCCGGCGUCCACCGUCGCGAGCCUCAGGGCUGUUCUGGAUGGCACCGAUGGUAAAGAGUUGCUGGAGAGUCGACUUCUGCCGAUGACCAACGAGGAGCUGGCUGCCGCCGGACGCUUGGCAGGGGACAGCUCGGCCCACUUGUACUUCAGGAAGCCGCAGGAGCUGCUGCCGGCCCUCGAACUGCUGGUGGCUCUUUUUCCGUCCGCGUCUGCUGUGGAAGAAGAACGAGAGGCCAAGAACGCAAGCCCGGAAGACCAGCGCCAGUUGCAGGAUGUUGAACAGAGGAAUAUGGGUGACAUCCACGUAGGCCACGCCGGCUUGGCAAUGAAUGCUGCUGUGGCCGUGCAACUUCUUUCCCACGUCAUGAGGGCUCUGAGCUGCUUGUGGAGGAUUUACUUUAUAGUGCUCUUCGUGAUUUGUGCCACGGCAGUGGUGUGGUGGGUCAACGUUCUGCGCAGGCCGGUGACGUAUGUCGUCCUCCGAAGUCAUGAGAAGUUCUUUGGCAAGCAGCGGCAGAUGGAAGAACCGGCCAUCCUCGUGAACAACCGAUUCAACUCGCAGAAGCUUGUUGGGUUCUUCCUUCCGACGGAGCGUGUCAGUGAGUUUGCAGCAGCUCUGGGAGGCGCUUUGCCGCAGGUGACCCAGGUGUAG